AUGGGCACGGGCAUGGGCAUGGGCGAUCUGUCGUUCUACGAGGGCGAGGUCAUUACGGUGGUUACGGAGGAUCCGGGCGAUGGGUGGACCGAGGGCGAGGUGAACGGCUCGAGAGGCUUCUUCCCCACAAACUACGUAGAGGUGAUCGUGGCAGAGAGUGCUUCGUCUGCUCCGCCAGCUCCGCCAGCCAAGGCUCACGCAAAGCCCAUGCCGUCGUUGCCGCAUGCGGGUGGUGGUGAAACAAGCAGCGGACCGGAUGCGGCUGAUGCGGUCAUUGAUGCCUCAGCCCUGGCGGCGUCCAUCUCGGAUGUUAUGGCUGAUGGCGGGGACGAUGCGGGAUGGGAGACGUCAGACUCGUCGGAAGAUGGGUGGGGCGAGACAGGGACAGGCGCGAGUGGGCAAAGUGGAGCGAGUGCUCCGGCUGUGCCAGCGAGGUCGACGCUGGCGGCGCCGUCACCUGCUACGGCCAGGGAGCGGCGGCUGUCGACAGACAUGUCACGGAGACUCUCUGUCCUCGACGCGCCGACGGUGGAGAUCGACGAGCAGAACCGAAUCUCUGCAGGGUUCGAGUGGGUGGCGGAGGAGGCGUACUUUUCGAUCAAGGUGGCCAAUCCGGAGAAGAAGAAGAAGUUUGGCGGACUCAAAAAGUACACGGCAUACGUGGUGGAGACGCCAGCGCGCGGCUGGCGGGUUCUCCGACGGUACAAGCACUUUGACUGGCUCCACGAGCGGCUGGAGAAGAAGUACACAGCCAUCGCUAUUCCGCCGUUGCCUGAAAAGUCCGCCACAGGCCGGUUCAACGAGGACUUUAUCGAGGAGCGCCGCAUGGGCCUGACGUACUUUCUCAACACGCUCGCCCGCCACCCGGUCCUCCGCUCUUCGGCCGUCUUUCUGCACUUUCUCUCGGUUGACAACUCGAACGAUGACACAGCGUGGAAGGCCGGAAAGCGCCAGCAUGAGAAGGACGCGGUCUCGGGCGAGAACUGGUUCUUUUCGGUCGCCCCAGCUGUCGCUGUUGAGGGCCAGGCCGUGGUGCCUGUUCUAGAGACCUUUUCCAAGGAUCUGAACUCGGAGCUCACGCUCUCGUCGACGCUGGAAAAGCAGCUGGAAGGGUGGCAGACUCGGUGGAGUGACGAUGCCAAGGCGCUGUCGUCGCUGGCCGAGACGUACGCGACACUGGCCCAGGUCGACGAAGGGGUGCCGACGCUGCAGGCGGCGCUGGCGGCGUGUGCGCAAAAGGUGGCCAGCAUCUCGCAGCUCUCGCUGGGAGCCUCGCAGGCCGAGGACAUCAUGCUACGCACACUGGCGCUGCAUCGGACCAAGAUGAAGCUCCUGCAAAAGGCGCUCAAGGUUGAGCAGAGCGCGCGCACCCGAUACGUUUCGGCCUACUCCAAGGUCAACGGCCGCGAGCCUACGCCUGAGGAGUCGGUCAAGCUCGAGGUCCUCCGCUCGGCGUCGAACCGCAAGAUGUGCGUGGCGCUUGCCGAGAUGGCUCACUACCGGCUCACCCGUAAGGUCGACUUUAAGAACACACUGCUUGGGUACAUCCGCGAGCAGGAGGCAUUCCAUGCCAAGGCCGGUGAGGCGUGGGCGGCCGCACGGGCGACGGUUGAGGCCAUUGACGUCGACGAGCACAUGUUCGACGCCUGAUGCGGGCUGGCGGGCGAGCUAGCCGGUUGCCGUCUCGAAGAUCGCGUCGGCGUCGGCGAGAUGCACGUCGUGGACGCGCCAGCGGACAACGCGGUCGCGGCGCUCACGCCCGUUGGGCCCCACUGCAUAGCAGAGGAUGCCCAGCGCCGACCACGGCGCCUUGAUGAAGCCGUCGGCACCGUAUGACGGCGCCGUCUUGCACGGCGCGGAGCCGUAGGCCUGGCCAAAUGAGGAGCUUUCACCGGACGCACGUGCAUAGAUGAAGACCGCCUUCUUGACCCGCGAGUUGAGGCCAGCAAUGGCCUCACUCACCCCGACCGAGCGCGUGGGCGACGCCUCGUUGCGCAUCUGCUGCGAGACCUGCAUAAAGGCCGACAUGACCCG